AUGUCUCCCUCAACCUUCACUCGCGCUGCUUUUGCAGCUGGGCUUCUUGCCUCUGGUGUCUCGGCGGCUUUCGACAAUGCUGCUAAGACGAACAUUGCCAUGUACUGGGGACAAGGAAACGCUCAGAUUCCACUGUCCGAGGUCUGCGCUGAUCCUAACAUCGAUAUCGUCAACAUUGGCUUCAUCAACGCAUUCCCUUCGGUAGUAGGCUCAUACCCGGGAAGCAACCACGCCAAUGCGUGUGGUAGCGAAGUAUACUACGACCCGGUUCUGAAGAAGGACAGCAAGCUUUACAGCUCAUGCCCUGGCGUGGGAGAUGCUAUCACUGCUUGCCAGAAGAGCGGCAAGAAGGUCAUGCUCUCUCUCGGUGGCGGUUGGCCUACUGACUACUAUCUGCCAUCCCCUGAGGUCGCUACAUGGACUGCCCAAUUCCUGAUCGGAGCCUAUGGUCCUCCCACCGCCGCCUGGAAGGCGGCUGGCAGGCCUCGUCCUUUCGGCGAUGCCGUCGUUGACGGUUUUGACCUCGAUCUCGAGGCACAAACCUACGACAUGCCUUCAGCUGAGUACAUUUACAAGAACUACGACAUCUUCGGCAAGUACGUGAAGAGCAACUCGAAGAUGCUUCUCUCCGCCGCUCCUCAGUGCGUUGUCCCAGACGUCAGGAUCUCACCGGUCCUCAAGGCCGUUCCCUUCGACUUUAUCUUCACUCAGUUCUACAACACCCGAGUCUGCUCUGCCGCUCAGGCCGUCCAAGAUAUCAAGGACAAGAAGACUGGCACCUUCACUUUCGACAAAUGGAUCUCCGAGAUCAGGGCCUCUGCGAACCCCAACCUCAAGUUCUACAUUGGAUUGGCCGCAGGUCCGGAUGGUCUCCCCACCCACAAGGAAGACUACCUCACGCCCGAAGAUGCGAACACCCUGAUUACGAAGUACAAGGGCAACACCAACUUCGGUGGUGUGAUGCUCUGGGAAGCCUCCGUUUCCGUCAGGAACCCUACAUACGGUCGGUCCUACGGUACUUGGAUGAAGUAUGCUGUCGAAGGUACCUUCUUGAAGAACUACAAGCCUAUCGUGUCUUCCAGCACCAGGUCUUCAACAACCUCUACUAAGACAUCUUCCACCAAGACACCUUCCAGCACCCCUGUUACUUCUACCAAGACCUCUUCCACCAAGAGCUCGUCCACCAAGAGCUCGUCCACCAAGAUCUCGUCCUCUACUCCUGUCUCGAGCAGCAAGAUCCCUUCCAGCACUCCUACCCCCAGCACCAUGAUCACCAGCAGCAAGACCUCAUCUUCUGCUUACGUCACCUCCAGCAUGGUUUCUUCGUCUGCAUACGUCACCUCCAGCUCGAUUUCCAGCAGCAGCAGCAGUAGCUCAGCAUACGAAACUGUCUCUACCAAGAGCGCCAGCUCCGCCGAGACUGUCAGCAGCACUCUGAUCGAGCCAUCUUCCGUCGCAACGAUCUCUGCGUCUGCCUCUAGCAGCGAGUCAGCCUACGUGCCUUACCCGACUGAGUCUGCCAGCUCUGUUGAGACCAUCAGCAGCUCCGCGACUGAGUCUUCUUCUAUUGACACUAUCUCUGCCACAAAGGAGGGUAGCUCAGUAUACGUGCCUUACCCGACCGAGACCCCGAGCUCUGUCGAGACUGUCAGCAGCACCUUCAUUGAGCCGUCAUCCAUUGCCACGAUCUCCGCAUCUGAGACUCUUAGCAGCUCUGUCUACGUUCCCUCCUCGAGCGAGACGUCUGCCUCCACCGACAAGUACCCCACUGACACUGUCUCCGCGACUACCCCUGAGGGUGUCUCUUCGACUUCUUGCAGCACCUCCAGCGUUGCAUACUCCACUGGCGCUAGCUCCAGCGAUGUCUACUCGGUGUCAUCUGUCGUAUACUCAUCUGGUGUCUACUCUACUGCAUCCCCGGUGUACCCCACCUCGACCUACUCUGCCAGCAAGGGAAUGGACUACCCCGACUAUCCCGCCGAGAGCUCCAAGAGCGAUGCUGCGUCCAGCACUGGCUACGAGAGCGUUUCAUCGGUUACAAAGAAGCCUGAGUACUCUGAGUACCCCACUGCUCCUACUGGCUCUACCACCGCCACUGUCAUCACCACUACCUACGUCGAUGUCUGCCCUACUGGUCUGACUACCGUCACCACCACGUACUGGACAACCGUCUGCACCAAGUGCGCCGCGAAGCCCACCGGCUCGGCCGACGUACCUGAGGGUUGGACCACCAGUGUCUACACUGCCAGCACUGUUACCGUGACUCUUACCAAGCCCAUCGUCACGCCUACCAGCAUGCCCGCAUACCCAUCGUCCGCUCCUUCCGUCGCAUACCCCGCGGACUACCCUGCUAAGCCCGUGUCCUCUGGCAAGCCUGGAUACCCUGCCGUCCCUGAGGCGUCUAUGCCCGCAUACCCAGCUGCUCCUAAGCCCUCCAAGGCUGCCGAGUACCCAGCUAUUCCUGAGGCUUCCAAGGGCGCCGAGUACCCCUCUGUCCCAGAGGCAUCGAUGCCUGCGUACCCUGCCGCUCCCCACUCCUCCAAGGCCGCUGAAUACCCAUCCGUCCCUGAAGCUUCCAAGGCUGCGGAGUACCCAUCUGCUCCUCAGGGAUCCAUGCCCGCCUACCCUGCCGUUCCUGAAGCCUCCAAGGCGGCUGAAUAUCCUGCCAUGCCCGAGGCACCCAAGCCAGCUUCUUCCUCUGCCGCCGCUGGCUACCCAUCUGCGCCCAUCGCUUCCGAGUACCCCAAGAAGCCUGUCGAGCAGGAGGUUACCAGCACCGUCCGCGUUACCUCCACCCUCUCCAAGGUCGCCGUUCCCACUUACGCUCCCGCUCCUUACCCAACAGUCAGCGCUGGAGGUGCACCUUACGUCCCUGCCGGCUCUGCCAGCAGCUACGCACCCAUGCCUACCGGCACCGGUGUUGGUUCCGCUUACCCUUCCAUGCCAGCGGAGUUCACAGGUGCUGCUAGCCGUGCUGGUGCUGGGUUCAUGAUGGUUGUUGGUGUUGUUGCUGCCGUUCUUGUUCUAUAA